CAGCAAAUGGUUUUUGCGUUCUCCAGCUAGGCGUUACUUGCAUUCCUCUCUUUAUCGAAUUCUCAAUUUCGGAAAUUCUCUUCAAUCACUUUUUAUUAUCUUUGGAAUCUGAGACUCAUUUUCUUUGCUUUCUUACAUACCUUCACUGUUAUACAUGGCCUCAUCUUGUAAUUCCGACAACACUGAAUCAAUCAUGCGAAGGGCUGCGAACGACAACAAAAGCAGCCGUGAACAAGAAAGGCAAGAGAGGAGGCCGUCAUCCAAUCCCAAUAGACUUGAGAUUGCGAUUGCUCCGCGUCCUUCCCCAAAUACAACUUUUCUUGCAAAUGAAACUAGGGUGAUGGUGAAGAGGUCCCAUGAUGCACUUGGUGAAAGUUCACGUCCACAAUCUGCUGGAGGAGGUACUACUCACAAGCGGCCAGUUGGAAUGACUUUUAGUCCUCUUCGGCAAAUGAUUGUCUCAUAUCCGAAUCCAGAAUUCCCUAUAUUUGACCCAGCGCAAUUAAAAGUUGAUCUUCCCAUGAAUUCACCUCAGCCAUGUCCUCUUGUAGCGUCUAAAAAGGAUGGAUUUUAUGACAGUCUUCACCCACAGAAGGGUCAGCCAGAGGUGGUUGUCAAGGACAAUGGAAAAGAACAGGAAGCUCAAGGAGUAGAGGAGCUUGCUGUGGAUGCAGCAAAAGCACGUCCAGAUAUAUAUGGAGGAGCUACUACUCAUAAGCGGCCAUGUGGAACGACUUAUCGUCCGUUUGGGCGUACAAUUUGCUCCUAUCCAAAUCCAGAAUUCCCAAUAUUUGACCCGACGCGAUUGACGGUGAAUCUGCCCCUGGAUCCACCUCAGCCAUAUCCUCCUACAAUGUCUAACAAAGAUGCAUCAUACAAUCUUCAAGGGGAGGUUGUUGAGGACAAUGCGGAACAACUGGCAACACAAGGAGUAGAGGCUGCUGCUGCCGCUGCUGCAAAACUGCGUCCAGAUAAGCAGCCAUGUGGAACGACUUGUAGUCCGUUUGGGCAAAUGAUUUGCUCCUAUCCAAAUCCGGAAUUCCCUGUAUUUGAUCCAAUGCGACUGACAGUGGAUCUAUCGAUGGAACCACCUCAGCCCUAUUCUCCUCUAGUGUCAAAAAGGUAUGAAUCUGAGAACAAUCUUCAACCACAGAAGGGUAUGACAGAGGAGGUUGUUGAGGAUAAUGUGAAAGAACUGGCAACACAAGGAGUAGAGGCUGCUGCUGCUGCUGGUCCUGCUGCUCCUGCAAAACCACGUCGAGAUAAGCGGCCACAUGGAACCACUUAUAAUCCGUUUGGGGGAAUUAUUCGCUCCUAUCCAAAUCCGGAAUUCCCUAUAUUUGACCCAAAGGGAUUGACUGUGGAUCUGUACAUUGAUCCACCAAAGCCAUAUCUUCCUCUAGUGUCUAAAAAGGAUGGAUCUGACGACAAUCUUCAACCACAGAAGAGUCAGACAAGGGAUGUUGUUGAGUACAAUGAGAAAGAACAGGCAACACAAGGAGGAGAAGCUGCUGCUAUGGCGGAUGCAGAACCACGUUCAGGUAAAUGCGACGAAGUGGUCCCUGUGGUGAGGAGGUACCCUGUCCCUGAUAUGAACUUUCCUGCAACAGAGGAAUAUGACGAAGACGAGGAGAAUUAAUGAAAACAUGAAGAAUUGAAUUUAGUAUUUGGUUUUUGUGUGUGUGUUGACGGUGUUGAAUUACAGCUUUUGAGCUGAGACUGAAUUGUAAUGUCGUCAUAGCUAUUUUCAAAAACUAGUUUUCUAGAUUGGAAGAUUUGUUGGGUUCAAGGUGGAUAUAUGAAUGGAAAAUGGAGGAAAAAUUGUGGAGAGA